AUGGGGCGUAAGGCGAGGCACAAGUCUCGCACAGGUGAUGGUGGUGCGGAAGUGCGUUUGCGUAAAAGGCAACUUAAGGAAGCACAACAAUCGCAUAAGGAAGCAGAGCUGACAUUCUAUGACGAUCCAUCAGAAAAUGAAAGCAAUUGCGAACGGAUCGAGUCUGAGGAUGAUGAACUGGCAGGUGAAGAAGUGCUGGAACUUGGUGCUGACGAGAAUGACGACGAAGAAGAUGAUGAAGAUGACGUUGAUAUGGAUGGAGAUGACGAUAAUACGUUUGAUGCGGACGCUGAGCGUAAGAAAGCGAUUGAACUAGAGGGUAAGUGGGGCAAAAAGCGCAAAACAUUUUACUCAGCCGACACGGCAGAGUAUGAGCUUGAAUCGGACGAGGAGAUUGCUCAGGAUGAAGAAGAUGCUGCACUUGAGCUGCAACGCAAGCAGGCAGAGAUGAUGGACGAUGAGGAUUUUGGGAUCGAUGGACCUGAAGCUGAUGAAGAUGUGGAGGGGGAAGAAGAAGAAGAUAACAACGAAAUACCUGUUGAUGACGAAGAUCUGGUUAAAGCACAACUUGCUGAUAUAGCUCAAGUUGCUGACAAUGGUAUUGGUGGUGUCGAAACUAUAGAACAAGUCCCGAAGGACUUUUCCAAAAUGACUAAGAAAGACAAGCUUGAAAUUGUCAAUAAUUCGGCGCCGGAGCUGCUGGGCUUAUUAGCAGAACUGGAAUCAUCUACAAAAGAGUUAGAGGAAGUGGUGACACCGGCAGUGGUUAAAUUACGACCUGUACGUCGAAAAUCUCACCAACUGCAAAUGGGUUUACGAUAUUUAAUGACUCGUCAGAAUCUUUUGCUGAACUACUCAACCAACAUUUCCUUUUACCUUUUACUACGUGCUGAAGGAAAAAGCGUGGCCGACCACCCAGUACUUAUGCAUCUGCUGUUGAUAAAAAAACAGCUCAAUAAGCUUCAGUCAAUAAAUGAGAUAAUGGAUGGCCAGUUACAGGAUCUACUCACAAAAGAGUUGCCUGCUGCGGAACGGGAGCCAAAACUUAACGACGGACUUAACAAGUUCUCUGCCACGUCGACAAUCAAGCGCGGCGGCAAUGGUGCAAACAAUUUGGCAAAUCAUUCAAGACUGCAGAAAAAGUCGAUUGAUGUAUCAAUUGAUGAGCUUGCGGAGGCGGAACGAUUUUACAAACAGACUGAACAAGAUCAUGCGAUGCUUAAAAAGGCUAAGAAGGAGCUGUACACACACGAAAACCCAUCAGAGUUAUUGUCAAGCGACGAAGACAAUGUCUCGGAUGGUGAGGGUGCCAAACGUGGUGCAUCGUACCAGAUUAUGAAGAACAAGGGUCUGAAGGCUCACAAGAGUAAGUUAAACCGCAAUCCACGUGUGAAGAAACGGAUGCAAUACCGCAAGGCUAUUAUUCGACGGAAGGGCCAGGUACGGGACGUGCGCGUUGGUGAGGCUAGUAAGUAUGGAGGCGAAUCCACUGGUAUCAAGGCUAAUUUGUCUCGCAGUCGCAAGAUCCGCAAUUAG